AUGUCGUUGUUCAAUCAGAUGAAGCUCAGCGUGGCGAAAGCGCUACAGUUCAGCACCGAUGGCAAUAUAUUCGAAAUCCCGGAAUGCGCUGUGCUCUCGACCACUGAUAAAAUUUCUAUCAAAGUGGCCAAUAUCACACAAAUGUACAUGCUUGCUCUUCGCAUUUCCGCUUCUCAUAAAAUC